GUUGGAAAACGAACGAACCCCCAGCUGUCACACAAUCAACGUGUUUUCUGUUUAAGAAGAGAUGUUUUCUUGAAAUAGUUUUUCCAAAAUAAAAUGAAUAAGAAACCGGUGUUGAGCGAUCAGGAUAAGAGAAAAGUUCUUUCUGCUAAGAAAAAACAGAAGGUGGUCCUGAAAAAUGUGCUGGUUCAGCCGUUUGAGAGAUAUUGGCCAGAACUCUCCGCAGCAGAUGUGCAUCAGUUCGUGCAAAGGUUUCAAGGUCUUCAUAAAUCAAUCUCACGCGACGACCCAAAAGCGACUACAAGCAUCAAAGCAUCCACUAAUACCUCUUCUCAACAAAAUGUGACGACAAACAAAGACUCAUUAUCCGACAAAGUGAUACUAGGACUACGAUCAUCGAUUCGUUGCGUAUCAUCCGGCAGAACGGUUGCACUGUUCAUAUCGUCGAAAAUACGACCGAAAUACAUUGUCGACCAGAUAAUCAUAAUGGCCGUUACGAAAAAUCCAAACUCAAGCAUUCUUUGUGUACCUGACAUGGAUGCGGCACUGCAGAAUGUACUCGGCUUUUCAUGUCAAUGUUUAGCUGUGGUGGACGAUCAAAAUGAAAUUUGGAAUUGGUCUGUGGAAAAAUUCAAACAGUUUGCUGUUCCGAAAUCAUUGCGGAAAUUCGAACUUCCCGUCACCGAACGAAUGAAUAUUGAUGGUGAACCUCAACGAAAGCGACCGGUUGUCAGGGAUGAAGUUGAUGUUUCAGCGCUGUAUUUACACAAAGCAAAUGUUAACGGCCGGACGUUUAUCCCUAGUGGAACGAUGUCGACAAAGGAUGCCGGAAACGAUUUUAUUUCGUUGGGUAGCAUAGGUCUGAAUAUUGCCAACAUUCGUCCCAAACACCAAAUGAUAUCAAAAGAUCAGAAAGCGGAUAAGACCGGUGCCAAAACAAUUUUCAAACCAAACGUACUGUCGGAAAAGUUUCCAACAAAACACAAGUUGAAGACAGCGCGCAAGCAACGGCUGCAUCACAAUCACAAUAAAUUUAAUUAUCUGCCAUUGAAAGUGAAUAAAAUUCAAGCGAACGCCGACAAAGUUAGGAAUAAGAACAAGAAAAAGAACAAAAAGAAUAAAAACUGAAUGACUUCAACA